UUUCAUAUUGUUAGAGUACAAGGAAACUAGAGAAUUAUACAUUAUUAAUUUUUAAACCAAAGUUUAGAAAUGAUAGUGAACCAUGGUGUGAAACAGUUGCUGUAAACCAAUGUAUCAUACAGAAAAGCUAGAGUUAAUUUUUAUCUGUUGCAGAAAGAGUGAGCAGCAUCUCUGCUUCUUUUGUGAUAAGGUCUCUACCACCAAAGAGGCAGCUGAAUCCUAUGAAAGGAACCAUACCCACGUUGAUAGAGGUGCACUUGAGCUGUCUGAGGAUCCAGACUGGGAAAUUGACACCCCAUCACACAGUGCCAGAAAGAGAGAGCAGCAUCUCAGCUUCUUUUGUGAUAAGAUCUUCACCACCAAAGAGGCAACUGAAUCCUGUGUGUGAGAGGGAACAUACCUACAUUGCAGGAGGUAGAAAGGCCUUUGAGCAGUUUGAGGAACCAGAUUGGGGAAUUGACACCCCAUUACACAGUGCCAGGUCACCAGAAUCUGAUGUCGAUGACUCACAGCCACCUCACAAAAAGCUAAAAUUUGAUAACACACUUACUUUGGCUCUUAUCAGAUUCAUGCAACAACAUUUUAAGGCAUUUGACAGCAAAAAGAGAAAAAACAAAAGAAUUUAUGAAGAGGCUGCUUCAGAAUUACAGAAGAAUGAUUCAACAGUAACAACAAAGGAAGUAUCAUCAGAUAGGUGGAGUCGAUUAACCAAUAGACUUGAUCAGUUCCUGGCAAAGCAGCAAACCACAGGGAUGGGUACUGUAAAGCCACCCAGAUUCUUCCAGCAGAUGUCCUUCCUUCUGGAUCGGCCAUUAUAUACCAGGACACACCAUUUAGAAACCAAGGACUCCAUGCAGGGACAAUGUUCUAGUGUACCAAUCCAGCAAGUCUCUCUUGUUGAACAGCACACUUCAGCAGGUCAAUCUGAACUCAGCUAGACAGUCCAGUAGAACCACCAGUAAAUCAGCCAGAACAUCAAGCACAGCCAAAUGUACCAGAGACAGUUCAAGCAGCCCUACCUGCACCUCGUAGAACAAGACAUAGGCUGAGGCCCCCAAGCCACUGAGAACAGCUGGUAAAUGAUAUACGUUUGAUGGGUGAGCAGACUGGCAAAAUUAUCCCCUGCUUCAAGAAUAUACUUUUAAUAAAAAUAUGAAGGAAGAUUGUCUCAAGCAUGGAUAAAAUUGCCAACAGUGUUGACAAUCUUAAUGAGGCAACAAACAUAUUGAAAACAGCUGUAAAUACCAAGGCUGAGCUCAGAGAAGAGCAAAUAAAACCUACUCAAGUUUAAUAGUUAAGCCCUUGUUUUUUAUUCAUUACAUAUGUAGCAAAAAACUUAUUUUUUUUUACGUCUUACCUAGGGUGCCUCAAUUAGAGUUUGUUUCAUACCAAAUGGUAUUUUUCUUGGUGCUCUUUAGCUUAUAAGAAAAUAUAGAAUGGUCAUUGACUAGUCCUUUUUUAAUUUUAACUUAUAUAUUUACAGUAGGUUUUACUCUUUAGUUUUUUUCAUUAUAUUUCAUUUUAUGUACAUUUCAUUUUAAAAAAUCAGAUUUUGUUUGAUUGAAGAUCUCUUUAUGUUUAAUUUCAAGAGCUAUGUUAAGAAGAAUCUUGUUAGUUAAGAUUAUUGAUUGAUCUCUUUUUAGUUAGUUUCAGUAUCAUUGCAGGGAAACAUUUAUGCCAAAUAGUUAUUCGUAGUACAAAGAUAAAUGUAGUAUAUAAUAGCGAUUAAGCUCUUAUGCAGGUAAUAUGCCAAAUACCCAAUGAUAGUACAAAUACUGUACUGUAUAAGAUUAUGGAAAGAAAUCUAUUUUUUACUGUAACUUUAAAAACAAUAAACAUGCUAUG